AAGAUUUCCCAGAUAUCGUUGUCAAUAUUUUAUUACCUUUAAGUUCAGUGCUCCCUGUUUUAGUGCUUGUUUGUUGACCUUAUUCCCUUUAUAUUUAUUCUCCUCUGGUAUUACCUCGAUCAUUUGCUUCCUUCUCUCCAAAAAUAGCUCCAACCCAAAUCUCCCUUUCAGUUCUAUUCAGUCUAGGCCACUUCAUCAUCGUCACUGUUUCAUAAUCACCGGUUACAUAUGAAGAUCCAGUGUGACGUGUGCAACAAGGACGACGCGUCGGUGUUCUGCACCGCCGACGAGGCAGCUCUCUGCGACGGCUGCGACCACCGUGUCCACCACGCCAACAAGCUCGCGUCCAAACACCAACGCUUCUCGCUCAUCCACCCCUCCUCUUCUAAAGAGUCCCCUCUCUGCGACAUCUGUCAGGAGAGACAAGCUUUCUUGUUCUGUCAGCAGGACAGAGCAAUUUUAUGUAGAGAGUGUGACGGUUCGAUUCACUCUGUGAACGAACAUACUCAGAAGCAUAAUCGGUAUCUUUUCACAGGGGUCAAGCUCUCUGCUACCUCAACAGUUUACGCAUCUUCUGAUUCUGCUGCGGUUACUGAUCUCAAGCCUCAGCCUUUGAUCAAUAAGAAGCCUAUUUCAGUCUCCUCUGCUAUUUCAAGUCCACCUUCAGUUCCUAAGAUUUCAACUAGUACUAGUAACAGCACUAAAAGUGGUGGAAAUUUGCUACCAUACGAUGGGGUUGGAUCAAUGAGUAGCAUAUCAGAGUACUUGACCGAGACUCUUCCGGGUUGGCACGUUGAAGACCUUCUUGAUUUUUCGUCUAACCAUCCCUUUGGUUUCUGUAAGGCUGACAAUGGAGCUUUACCCUUUUUCGAUGAUGAUAUCGAAAGCAAUCUGAGCUCUUUCUCGUCAGAAAACAUGGGGAUUUGGGUCCCUCAAGCACCAAAUCCUUCUCUGCAACAUUCACAAAUGGGGUUCAAAGAGACCACAAAGGAGGCUACAAAUAUGAACACGAUCAAAGCCAACUAUAACAACAAUUACAGAUCAAUGUGGAACGACGAUUGCUUCACAGUUCCUCAGAUUAGUCCUCCAUCUGGUGGCUCCAAGAGGUCUAGGCCUUUUUGAUACAAUUUUAACUUUCAACCCGGCCCCUUAGAUCUUUUCUAAUGUUAAUUUCCAACGGUUGUAAUUUUGUUUUAUUUAUCUUUCGGUUUUUCCUACUACUUUUUGUAUGAAGCCUUCUUCAUCAAACCAGAUGGGGUUCAGCUAGCUCUCCUUGCAUGUUCUAGUCAUUGUAAAUAUCAAAGAGUUUCUGCAGCUUGCUCUUGCUUUUCAA